AUGAGCUCCAUGAUUGAGGGCAGUGAUGACCGGGCACGAGAGGACGAACUCGACUUGGGCGAAGAGGACCUCGCAUACCCCCGCUCAACACCCAACGGCGCCCUGGAUGACGCGAGGCCAGAAAAUGGACUGGGAGAUGACUCAAUGGCACAAAUUGAGGAGGAUCUCCCAGCUGUAGACAGUCCCGACCUGACUCCCGCGAAAAACGCCCCUCCCGUUGACGUUGAUGCGAACGACGCUCCGGUCUCUCCCCGUCCCGGGCAGCCUGGCGCCCCCGGGAGUGUCGACGAAACCGCCUCAACCCCUGAUGAUACCCCUUCUCUACAUGGUUCUAUAUUGUCCUCGCAAAGCAGCAGUGCUUUGGCCUUUCGAAGCUCCCCUCGGCCCAGCCCCAGCCCCAGUCCGUCGCACCGCCCUUUCGACCUUCGCUUUCAAUCCCGGCUCUCCUCUUCGUCGCUGAGUGGCUUCCGCCCGUCAUCACCGUUUCUGGCUCAGAUUCACUCUCGAAAGUCGUCCCUCACUAGUCGACUGUCCCCGGCCACCGUCCAUUCCGAUUCCGAAGCUCAGGGCCCUUGGGAUGUAGUAAGAUGGACCAAAUUAAGGAAGAUAACUGGACAUGCGUUUUCGGAAGUCGGAAAGCGAAAUUUCGGCUAUCCGACCUGCAUGGCUGUGUCUACGAGUAUCGUGAUCGGGACCUCUAAAGGCAUAAUCUUGGUAUUUGAUUACCAACAAAACCUGCGAACUAUAAUCGGCUCGGGAACGAAGGCUACUGAGUGCGGAGCGAUCAUAUCGCUCGCACUUUCUGCCGACCAUUCGACGAUCGCUGGAGGUCACGAUUCGGGCGAUAUCUUUACAUGGGAAAUCUCCAAGUCAGCGCGACCUUUUCUUCAUAUACCGCCCAUUCCGAUGAGCCAAGUUGACAGUCGCACUUCGGACGGACACUUGUCCGGAUCGUCGGUGAUCCAUGUGGGAUUCUUGGGGACCCGACGCACUGCUUUGGUGUCGGCUGACAAGCGAGGCAUGGCCUUCUCUCACUUGGCGACCCGGGGCACCGGCGCUCUAGGACGGACGGUGAAGACCACCAGAAUCCUGGGGCGAUAUCCGCACGUCGGGCAUGGCAAUCGCCCGCGCAAGCCGAGCUCGGUGCUUGCAUUUUCGCCUCUUCCCCUGGGUAAUGUGGAGCAGCCAACUGAUUCUUUGGGCUUGGUCGCUAUGCUUACGCCUUACCUCCUGGUCAUCGUUUCCACAACCCCUGUAGCUCAAACGCAGCACAAAGCACCCCGUCCGAAGGAAGUCACGGCUCAUGGUGCAAUGACCGGUGCCUUGGCCUGGUUUCCUGCCAUCCGACUUAAGGGCAAGGAUUCGCAAGUGUCCAAAACAAAAUUGGUAUAUUGUUGGUCGAAUGUGUUGACGGUCCUGGACGUAUCGGAAUUUGAAACGGAAGAGGCGCCGGACAGAGAUAGGCCCCCAAGUCUGGAGUUCAAGGCACGAAGUCGAUGGAAAGCGGAGGAAGCAAUCGUUGCGGUCCAAUGGUUAAGUCGCUCGGUAUUAGCAGUGCUUACCAUCACGCAGCAGUUGCUUAUCCUUGAAGACUAUUCUAUGCGCGUAACCGAUGCGAUCGACCUGCUUAGCCGACACAUCUACCACGCUGACUUGUUUUCAUCUCAGCUGCACUCACUGGUUGAGCAGUUAGACGAAGAGGACAUUUCGAUGCAUGGCGUGGUGGCCGAUGCCUUUUACAUGUCUUUCCGCUCCUACAAGGGGCGUUUGUUUCUUUUGGGUCACAAUGAAGCCUUGGUUGGAGGCCUCUCAAACUGGGCAGAUCGAUUGCUGGCGCUUAUGGAGGCGGGCGAUUUCAUCGGAGCCAUUCGACUGGCGACUUCCUACUAUCAGGGCAGCGGAGAAAAACUCACUGUUGGCUUGCCGGAUGAAGACUCCCUACGACAGCCAAUUGUCCGAGAGAAGCUCCUAGAGAUGGUGUCGGCAUCUCUAAAAUAUGCUUUCGGUCAGAACAUUGAGGCGAACAAUGAGCGACUUAGCAGUCGGCAACUCGAAGAAUUGGCCGAGGUUUCCAUUUCCGCCUGUAUUUACAUGGCGGAUGAAGACUUUCUUUGGGACGAGGUCUUCAACUGGUAUGAGGAGCAUGACUCGCAGGGAAUCUUCCUUGAUGCCCUUGAACCGUAUAUCAUCGAUGGGACCGUGCGAUCCCUACCUCCCACGGCGGUCAAGGCACUCAUCAAUCAUUUCACUACUAACCAUACAGCCAGCCGCUUGGAGGAGAUCAUCUGCCUCCUUGACACCACCACAAUGGACAUCGAUCAAGUCACAACGUUAUGCAAGCACUAUAACCUAUACGAUGCCUUUAUAUAUGUCUGGAACCGCUGCCUGGGAGACUACGUGAGCCCGUUGCAGGAGCUUUUGGGACUCGCUCCGUCCCAAGAGACGUUGGUCAAUGGCGACUCCGUGAAUGGGAUUAAACAGUACACUAAUGCUACGAAGAUGUUUCCAUAUCUCUCGUUUGUUCUUACUGGUCGCAUCUAUCCUACCGGAGAUGAUAUGGACGAAGCCGAAGCCAACCGGGCCAAGACGUCCCUGUACGAGUAUCUGUUCUUGGGGAAUUCGUCUGGUGCAGAGUCAGGGUCGUACCUGGAUCUCCAAGCUAUGCUCAAGUUCGACACGCCUGGUUUCAUGAGCAUGCUCAACGAAGCGUUCGAGGACAGCUUCUUGAAUGAACAAGAGCCUGAGGAGAACUCGUUCCAAGGAGUCUCAAUCAACCGACAAUAUCUGAUCAGCCUCUUGUUGCAAAUCAUGACCCCUGCAAGCUUCUCCCUCACCGAAACGAUCUAUCUCGACAUGUUCAUUGCUCGCAAUCUCCCAAAAUAUCCCCAAUAUAUCCUUCUUUCGGGAACCACACUCCACCAGGUCCUGGAGCGGCUGUGCCAGUACCCGACCCAGGAAAUGGCGGAAGAUUGCGAACUCAGUGCCGAGUAUCUACUUUCUUUUUACCACCCACCGGACAUCCAAAGCAUGAUUCCUCUCUUCAAGCAGGCACGAUUUUUCCGCAUCUUAAAGUCAACCUACCGUUCGGAGAAGCAGUUUCCUCAGUUGGUGCUGACCUACCUUGAAGACCCGAACGAACAGAAGGCAAUAUUUACUUGCCUACAAGACUGCCUUCGUUCUGGCUCUCGAGUUGGCAAGAAGCAGAGGCGCGACGUGAUUGACGUGAUAAAAAGCCACGCCAGUCAGUUGGUGGCAAUCGAUGUCGAAGCAGCUGCCCAAACAAUGCAAGACUUUGCACCAGAGACUCACGAAACAAUGAUCAAAGCUCUGCAAAAUGACACUUUCGGGCAAUAUCGAUACCUGAAUGUCAUCGUGGAGCCUGUAUCGCAACCCACCGCCGAGGGCCGACCGUCGAAAUCGGUAGAGAACGGGAUGAUCGAGCGUUACGUGCAAUUACUCUGCAAAUAUGACCCGUCUCACGUCGCAGACUUCGUGGACGAACUUCGGGUCGGCGAUGUGUGUCUCGAGGAACUGAUGCCUGCAAUGGAAGAGAGUGGAGUAGUGGAUGCGGCUGUCAUUCUGCUGGCUAGGCAAGGUAAAAUCCGGGCCGCCAUGGACCGCCUUGUCGCUCAUCUGGGGACCCUAGAAUCGGGCCUCGUCGGGAUUCUUCAAAGUAUCCGAGAAAGCCCAGAUUCGGAUAGCACCGCAGAAGCCAUCGAUGACCUCGUGGAAUCCUUGGACAAAUACACACGAGUGGGAUCAUGGCUCUGUCAGGGCCAGACGAAGACCGCUAAAAAGCCCCGAGACGUCGAAAGAAAUGGUGGCAGAAAGACCACCGUGGAUCAACCACUCUCGUUUGAUGAAAAUCUGUGGUUGGAUCUGAUCGAAGCCAUUGUCCGCACCACCAGCAGCGUCUUCGCGCUGAUCCAAAAAGAACAGUCCGACCACAAACUGACCCAUCUAGCGCCGAUGACAUCCCAAAUGGGGAGCAAUGCAGCUCAACUCAUGACUUCCUUCCGUAGGCUCGUCCAGCAGGUCUUCACUGCGCUGCUUUCCAGCACAGUCAGGGUAGGAGGGUCGUCUACUCACGAGCGCAGCGACGUGGCUUUUCUUCGCAUCUUGCGCGCAUUCCUCACACGUGCCGCACAAUGGUCUCCCUCUUUACUUGAGCUGCGUGCCGUCCUGGCGUCCAUCUUUUCGGCCUAUACAUAUGAGAAGUCAUUGCUGUCGCUGGCCAACGGCAUGCUGGACCGGGAUCUCUUUGUCCAUGUGGACGAGGUAGCGCGACUACGCCAAAGGGGAUGGCGGCCACGGGGCCAAGUAUGUGAAAUUUGCCGGCAGCGGAUUUGGGGGCCAGGGGUCGGAUCGCACCACUGGCAAGCCUGGGAGCAAAAGCAGGCCGAUGCCCAACAGCGUCGUAUCGCUCGCCAGCUUCACGAAGGAGCUGACCCGGCCACUACCCGGGGCAAGGGUAAAGCCGCUGCCGUAGCGGAAUUUGGUCAGACGUUACAUCUUCACGAGGCGGAACAUGCGGAACAACAAGGGUCGUUGGAUAAUAACGCGGAUGAGAUGCAGGGGGCUGACGGAGAUGGCCGUGAGAUGCCGAUAGGGCCUGCGGUAGUAUUCUCUUGUCGACACCUCUUCCACCGACCGUGUCUGGUGAAAUUCGGUCCUUCGAAGCCGCAGAAGCAGGGCCAUUUCGCGCCCCAGUCGGAGUGGGAUCACUUAACUUGUCCGAUUUGUCCUGUACAUACUAAAUGA